AUGUACCGCAUGAGAUUCUACCGAGAGUCUACCACACAAGAUUCCGACAGAGAACCUACCACACGAAAUUCCUACCGAGAGUCUACCACACAAGAUUCCGACAGAGAACCUACCACACGAAAUUCCGACCGAGAGUCUACCACACGAGAUUCCAACCGAGAGUCUACAACACGAGAUUCCGACCGAGAGCCUACCACACGAGAUUCCGACCGAGAAUCUACCACACGAGAUUCCGACCGAGAGUCUACCACACGAGAUUCUGACAGAGAACCUUCCACACGAGAUUCCGACAGAGAGUCUACCACACGAGAUUGCAACCGAGAGCCUACCACACGAGAUUCCGACCGAGAGUCUACAACACGAGAUUCCGACCGAGAGUCUACAACACGAGAUUCCGACAGAGAAUCUACCACACGAGAUUCCGACCGAGAGUCUACCACACGAGAUUCCAACAGAGAACCUUCCACACGAGAUUCCGACAGAGAGUCUACCACACGAGAUUGCAACCGAGAGCCUACCACACGAGAUUCCGACCGAGAGUCCCCACACGAGAUUCCGACCGACAGUCUACCAUACGAGAUUCCGACCGACAGUCUACCGCACGAGAUUCCGACCGAGAGUCUACAACACGAGAUUCCGACCGAGAGUCUACCACACGAGAUUCCGACCAAGAGUCUACCACACGAGAUUCCGACCGAGAGUCUACCACACGAGAUUCCGACCGAGAGUCUACCGCACGAGAUUCCGACCGAGAGUCUACAACACGAGAUUCUGACCGAGAGUCUACCACACGAGAUUCCGACCGAGAUUCUACAACACGAGAUUCUGACCGAGAGUCUACCACACGAGAUUCCGACCGAGAGUCUACCGCACGAGAUUCUGACCGAGAGUCUACUAUACGAGAUUCUGACCGAGAGUCUACCACACGAGAUUCCGACCGAGAGUCUACAACACGAGAUUCCGACCGAGAGUCUACCACACGAGAUUCCGACCGAGAGUCUACCACACAAGGUUCCAACCUAA